AUGAAAACACUCUGGAAGCCGCUGUGGAGACACCACUCCAUAUCAAGAGCAACCAAACUAAGGAUCUACAACACCUCAGUCCUCUCCAUCCUCCUUUACGGAGCUGAAACAUGGCCACUCAACAAGACCCUGGCUGCCAGAAUAGAUGGCUUUGACACCAGAGCACUGCGCUCAAUAGAGGGUAUUAAAUGGCCAGAUAGGGUCUCCAACAUCACACUGAGGGAACUGACACAACAGCCCUCUGCCUCCCAACUGGCAGCACAGCGUCGAUUGCGCUGGUACGGCCAUAUCAGGAGACUCCCCCCAGAACAUCCUACUCAUGAUUUCCUCCACUUCCAACCCAAAGCUGCCGGCUGGAAACGCCCCUGUGGUGCCCCCCGCACACGAUGGAUUGAUGUCGUCACCGGGGACCUACACCAACUGGGCCUGUCGCUUGCCGUAGCCGAACCCCUAGCACUGGACCGACCCCAAUGGAGAAGAUUGGUGAAACUGAUUGGCUCUACGCAUGGCGCCGUCCCCGUCGCCGAGCAAGACACCUGA